GUGGGGUCCUGGAGGGGGAGGGGGGAGAGGGCGCUGGGAAGGCGAGCGUGGAUUCCCAGAAGCUGCGGAACCGCGAACAUGCCCGGAACACGCGACUCCGGAAGAAAGCCUACAUUGAGACGCUACGCCAUCAACUGCAGUCUCUGAGCGAUGCCAAGGACAAGGAGGACAAGACGGAGCUUGUCUCCCAUGUCCGGAGCCUGGAGGGCCGCAAAUUGAAAAAGGCGCGGCUGCAGACCUUUUUGCUCUACCGAGCACGGGGCGAACUGGACCGGAGAAAAUGGGCGGUCCUCCUCGCAGAAGAUUUCGUCUUGAAGUUGCCCUUGACGCCCUACCGUUACUUCCCCGCGGGCGACGUGGAACAGCACGCACGCUACGUCCGAGGGAUCGACGCGACCAUCCGAGACACGGCCUCUUUCACCGUCCUCAUCGACUCGCUGUCCCGGACCUACCGGGAGCGUGUCCGUGUCCAAUUUUAUUCGGAGGCGGACUACAUCGUCAUCGGCACCGGGCCCACACUCAUGUGUCGGUGGACGAUGCGGAGUGAGAACGCGGUCGCCUGCGGGUGCCAGACGGAAUUGGAGCUCUGCGGCAUGCUUCAGGCCGAGUUUGAACCCAGAGAGGUGAAGCUGAAGAGGCUGAACGUGAUGUUUGACGUGAUGGGCUUGAUGCAGCAGCUCCGACGAAUGGGGGGAGGAGCCCUCUUUCAAACCGCGCCGUCCACGUUGCAGAUGGCCGAAGACCCCACGGAGGAGCCCCGGAUCGUCUUUGCCCUCCAGGUCCCUUUCCGAAUCCGGAGUAUCAACGAGGCCUGGAUGAUGCACUACGGCGUCACGGUGGAAGAUUGCCAGAACCGAUGCGUGGUCUUGGAACGGAACCCGUUGUGCCCCGUCCCAGGCGCGGGGGGAGGGCGGGAAGGAAGAGGUGCAGGGGAGGCGGAGGCGCCGGUGGAUUCGGCCUGGCAAUUCAUCCAAUUUGCCUACGAAUGCAUCGCCAAGCAGUUGUCCCACUCUUUGAUCGUCCUGUACGAGACCAAAACUCAGGGUCCGAUCGGGGCCCGUCUCCGGCUCUUCCCCGUCUACACGGGGGGGUACGUGACUCACUACAUGGGGGGGCUCACAUCCCUGCACGACCCCAGUUUUCCCAACGACUACCCCACGGUGCUGGCAUUCAGAUGACGGGGAG